AUGGACAAUCCAGACGCGAACGGCGUCCAGGCACAGGCGCAGCGUGCGGCCGGCGUCCAGACGAGGCGCGGCCGGCGUCGAGGUGCGGCGCGCGGACGAGCUGCAGCGGGGCUAGCGGAGCUGCAGCGCGGGGCGGCCGGCUCCACGGCCACGGGCGCGGCGAGCGCGUGGCUCCACGGCCACGGGCGCGGGCGAGCGGGGCAGGGGGUCGUGGGCGGCGGCGGGGCAGCGGGGCCGGUGACGGCGCUGCGCGGCGCGAGCCCCUGCGUGGCGGGCGAGGCCGGCGACAGCCGCGUGCGUGGCGACGCCGGCGACGACGCAGCCGGGCGGGCGAGCCCGGCGCGAGCCCAGGCGCGGCGUGGCGAGGCCGGCGACGGCGCUGCGCGGCGAGCCCGACGCGAGCCCCCGCACGGCGCGGCGAGCCCGGCGACGGCGCGGCCAUGGCGAGGCGCGCGAGCCCUGCGUGGCUCGGGGGAGGUGAGCGCGGGGCGGCCGGGCGUCGUGGAUGGCGACGCGCGGGGCAGCCGGCGUCGUGCCGAGGCGCAGCGGAUGGGGCGGCUUCGCGGCCGAGCUCGCAGCGGACGGGGCGGCGUCGUGCCGAGGCGCAGCCGGUGUCGCGCAUCCGACGUCGCCCUCGUCGUUCACCCGCCGCGGGCGCGCCCCAUUCGCCGCCGCGGCCCCGUCGCUGCGGGCGCUGCCCCGUCGCCGCGCGCUGCCCGUCUCCGCGGGCGCGGUCUCGUUCGCCGCCGCGGGCGCGUCGCCGCGGACGAUGUGUUCGCGGCCGCCUCGUCCUUGCAGGUCCCGUCCCGGCCUCCGCAGCGGGCGUCAUGGGCAGCUGGGCGGAGCGGCGCCUCCGGCCAUGGCGCGGGCGUCCAGGGCAGAGCGGCGCGCCGCCGUCUUGGGUUCGGUCGUGGCGUGCAACGCGUUGUGGCGAGGCACGCCCGGCGAGCUCCGCCCCCCGCCCGUGGCUCGCGCGGCAGCGACCGUGCUUGCGCCGGCGUGGCGAGCGGCCGGCGCCCGUGCACGCGCCCUUAG